AUGUGUGCUGUACUCUUCUUUGCCGUCUCUCUGUUAGCACACUGUUCUGCAUAUCCUCAGUACAACCCUCAUCCGUAUCCAACUGCCCUCCUUUCUCGUCAAGCUUCCGGUGAAAACAGUUCAUCGCUGCAAGUUGACCUUGGCUACGAGGUCUACCAGGGCUACACUAACUCGACGACGGCGUUGAACGUGUGGAAAGGCAUCCGGUUCGCAGCUCCCCCGACUGGUUCGAACAGAUGGCAGGCUCCUCAGGCGCCUCAAACAAACCGUGAUUCCGUGAUCCAAGCGAACCAGUUUGGUCCCAUAUGCCCUCAAAACCAAGAUACAACCAGUACCUUGGUGCCUCUGAACAGUACGGGGGCAAGCGAAGAUUGUUUGUUUCUCAACAUCUAUGCGCCUCCAAAUCCUCCUAGUCCACUUCCUGUACUUUUCUACGUUCAUGGAGGAGGCUAUGGAAGGGGGAACGGGCAGCAAGAUCUGUCAGCCAUCAUCAAUGCUAACAAUAACUCCUUUAUUGGUGUGACCAUUCAGUACAGGCUGGGUGCCUUUGGCUUUCUUGCAGGUGAUGAAGUCUUUCGGAAUGGAGUAGUCAAUGCUGGCUUGCUCGACCAAUAUCUUGCGCUACAGUGGGCGCAAAGGUAUGUCUCCUUGUUCGGAGGGGAUCCCAAUCAUGUGACGAUAGCCGGGCAGUCAGCAGGAGCUGGAUCAGUCAUGCUUCAAGGGAUGGCGUAUGGUGGCUCCCUUGGCCAGUCGCUUUUCAGAAAUACGAUCGCUUCAUCGCCGUACCUACCCAUGCAGUACGGGUACAAGGAUUGGCAACCUUCACAGUCCUAUUACGCCCUUGCCACCAUGGUUGGUUGCGCACCGACCUUGCCCUAUGGUGCUCAUCCAAAUACAAUCUUUGACUGUCUUGUCAGUCAAGACUCGGCCACACUACAGAAUGCGAGCGCCACUCUGUCCGAGUCGGGCAAAUAUGGGACUUGGGCUUUCUUGCCUGUAACAGACGGCAUAUUCGUUCAAGAUCUACCUAGUCGCCAACUCUUGCGCAAAGAGCUCAACGGACUAAACUUGCUCGUGAGCAACAACGCCCUCGAGGGACCAGCAUAUACCCAGCCCAACAUUACGACAGAAGACGACCUCGUGGCGUGGUUACAGCUGACGUUUCCGCUGUUCACGAACGAUGACAUCGCCAAAGUGCUUCUCUACUAUCCAAGUUCAAAUGAUUCCACGGACCCCGAUGCGCCAUUGUAUGCCUCUUCCGGCACUGAGCUCCCGAGCUUCAUCAACCAGAGCUCUGUUGCGACAGGGCAGCAGCAAAGAGCCUUUGCUAUCUAUUCGGAGACUACGUUUGUAUGCCCGUCGUACUGGAUGGCAGAGGCGUACAGCGAUCAUGGACGUAACUCGUUCAAGUAUCAAUAUUCCGUGCCGAUUGCUGUUCACGGCACCGAUCUGACGGCCUACUUUGGGCCACCCACACCAAACCAAAGCCCGGACUUUGUUAACGCAGCCAUGAAGAUCUGGGGCAGCUUUAUCACGUCGGAUAACCCGUCUAUUCCCAGUUCUGUUGCCAAUGGAAUGUCGUCCAACAGUACCUUGAGUAAUCCAGUUUCCGACUGGCCUCCUUUCAAGAUGUACUCGCCUCUCCAGAUCAACCUCAAUGUCACCGGGGGCACACCGUUCGCAUUCAGUUUGCCCUACAUCAAAACCAACUUGACAGAAUACGGGGAACCGGGCCUGGUGAACAAUUUCACGUUGGUGAAUGCAUAUACAUGGGAAGCUGGAAGAGGGUAUCGCUGUGAUAUGUGGAGGGGCUUAGGAGGAAUCGUUCCUGAGUGA